CCGUUGCACCCGACGAUUUUGCGCGUCCUAACCGGCCCCGGUGACGGUUUUCUUGCCGCGCGGAUCCGUCGCGUGAGUCAUCCGCGCGUAUUCGUUCCGUUGCGAUACUUCCGACAGGAAAGCGUAAUUACGAUCGCGGUGUAAUUAAUUCUACGAUCGUUUUCCUUCAUGAUCGCGCCCGGCGGAAUUCUUAUGCAAAUCCUUGUAGAUGAAAUCGAGAUAACGAGAGUCGAGGAUUGAAAGUAUAUGAAUUCAGUAGCAAUUUUAGAAAUUUAUAUAAGCAUAUUAUUAAACUGUAUAGAAACUACUCUUUCAAAUCACUGAUUACGUUAACGUUUUCGUUUUUAUAAGUUCGAGACUACUCGAUGAGUUACAAAUGAAACACUGAAGACUGACUUCAAACAGGUAGUUAUACCGGAAACAUGUAUUACAUAAUUCUUAGAAUUAACACGCAGAAUGUUAAGAAUGAUAUUAAAUAAUCAUUGAUAAUCUAUAAUACUUACUCACAAAUCGCGCAGAAUCUACCGGGUAUUAACGAGAAAGAUAUAAGCGAUAAUGUUUGAUAAUAUUGAAUUGACAUAAUGAACACUGUCAGAAACGUGGACAAUAAUUUAUUAAGAAUGUCGGUUGUCGCGGAGCUAACGUUCAGCUCGUACGAGUAAAAGGCACACGGAGAACUGGUUUGCGAUUUGUCAGAGGGAAACAGCGCGGACAAUGAUAACAGCUGUAUAGGAAUCGAAAUUAAAAAGAUUAAUCCCGAUUAAAUUCAAUUCGAAAUUCCUACUUGGCGGUUCGCGCCAGCAAUUCUUGGGUCCCGUGAAGAACAUUUGAAGAACGCCCGAUCGUAAACAGAACAGAGACACCGUUGGUAGGACAGAGAAGAUCACGAUUGUCGAGCGACAGAAAUAUCGCUCGGAAAUCGUUAGCGCGAAGCGUUUCUAUCAGUCUCUCUCACAGAGUCUUUGACUCGCGCACGUAAUUAACUCGGAUGGAAUGCCGGAGGAAAUACAAAACAGUGCCGUGUGUCCUUUCACGAUAUGCUGUUGGAUAUUGUGCCACCUUGCCUAUAUAACGAUAGACCUGCUGGUGCAAGUGUCGGUGCUGAAAGAGGAGAAACGGAAUCUCCUGCGACAAGUGGACGAGCUGAGCAAGACGAACGCCCGGAACGACACCGCGUUGCACAGGCACCGCAGCCAGUCGUUCUCGGAACAGCGGGUGUCCCAGCGAAAUCUGAAGAACGCCAUGGUCCCGACGCCGACCAGGGACAUGGGAACGAUGUGCGGCGUUAUGACACGGGACGUUGGCGUCUCGCACCAGCAGGUUCGAACCCGAGACGUGGGCAUGAUAACGAGCACCCCGAUAAAACGAUCGCUGCAGAGGAGUCGUUUGCAGAUCGAAGAAAUCGUACCUGAAAUAAAAGACCACAGCUCGUUGUCGUACGACCGAUCGACCUCGAGCCUGGACAAGUUCUAUUCGAGCGACUCGCGGGACAGCUGGAAGUCAACGUUGACCCGCAGCCAGCUGAUGUACGAGGAGAUCGCGCCGGAAGUGAGGAUGAUGGACCGUUUGAGGCGCAGCCCACUUCAAACCGAAUCGAUACCGCCGACCAGUCCGAAGCUCGUCCGAGAUGCUAAAAAGUUUCGCGAUGUCGGCAUCAACACGAGGAGCAAAUUGAAGGAUCUCGUGGUCAGCCAGUUCGUGAUCGAGGACAUCGCGCCGGAAGCGAAGAAGGAGAUCAAGAAACGAUCCCACGGGACAGCCACCGUUCUAACGAUGAAGGACGUGCUGACGAAAGAGGACGUCGCGAUCAUCGUCGACGACGCCCUCAGGAUGUACAAGAGUACUCUGAUCAAGGACACCGUUUCCAAGGGCUGCCAGUGUACACCGGAACCUCCGAAACCCGUCGAGAAGCGAGAUCAGUUCGUCCAGGCGUCGGAGCCGUUUAAAAUGAGGGCGAAUGUGGGGGUGACAGUGAAGCCGAGGGUGUCUGAAAUUGGCAUCGAAGUGAGAACCGGUCCUGGAACGAGGACCAUUGCGGUUGGUCCCGAUCCAUUGGCCGCGCAGCCUAUAUCCCUGCACUCGUUGAACUCGAGGAGCUAUUCGUUCAAUUACGGCGACACCAAGGUGAAGAGGAAAGCUACCAGGUCGGUCAGCGUGAUGGUCGACGAUCUAGUGAAAACGACCGUGAAGAGCACCGACACAUCCGGCCUGACGCCGAAGAAACGGGAAUUCGGCACCUCGCCGAUCAAGAAGAAGUACACCGACGUUUCCGUCGGCGAGUCGGUGAAACCGCACAUCUCGAUCUCGUGCGCGGCGAAUUAUUGCGACAACUGUAAGGAGACCAUCAAGAACUUGGCGAAGCAGAUUGUAAAUAACGCGGAGAACAAUAUGAAUCACCAGAACACGAAUCUCGUCUCGAGAAUACCUAGGCCGUCCCAUAUACCUUUAAAUAACUCGAUGGACCAGAGGAGGCAGUUCAAACGGCAGGACACGUACACGAAGAUACCGUCCGCUGGUGUGAUUAGAUACGAUUCCGAUAACAAGGAGCAGUAUGAAAAUAGCAAUCGUAUCCAACAAUUACAAGGGGAGAAGAGGAAAGAUGAAAAGUCCCAAGAAAUCUACAUGGCGGAGAAGCAAGCAGAAAACGAUGAAAAGCAUGAGCUUCCAGAAUCCGCUCUGUUCCAACCCAUUCAAGAGAAACCUAGAAAGAAGGUUGAACCUUCUAAGGAAAUGCUGGCUGCCAUGAAGGUGCUGAACGACAGCCUUAAAAAAUCACCUAGCAAGAAUAUCUCUCAUCAGAUGAAGAAUGCCAUCAACAUUAUCCAACAAGAAUGGUUCAAGAUCUCUAGCACAGUAAAUGCCAAUCCUUUAGAAGUAGAGGAUUAUCUAGAUUGUUUUGAAGAAUGUUCCAGUACUUUGUUGGAGUACAUUGUCAAUAUGACUGACUCCAGUGGAAAUACUGCAAUGCAUUACGCAGUUUCCCAUGGAAACUUUGAUGUUGUGUCCAUCCUUUUAGAUUCUAAAGUUUGCGAUAUUAAUAAAGCAAAUGUAGCUGGUUAUACAGCUGUGAUGUUAGCAGCACUUGCAGAGGUCAGGAAUUCCACUCAUGCAUCCGUGGCAAAUAGAUUGUUCCAGCUGGCUGAUGUGAACAUUCGAGCAAAAUUGCAUGGCCAAACUGCCUUGAUGCUGGCAGUAUCUCAUGGCCGCAAAGACAUGACUCAACUGCUUCUGGAUGCUGGAGCGGCAGUUAACAUUCAAGACGAGGAUGGUAGUACAGCUUUAAUGUGCGCUGCAGAACACGGACACACGGAUAUUGUGCGAUUGUUACUUGCACACCCAGACUGUGAUCCAUCAAUCGUCGAUAUAGACGGCAGUUCCGCUCUGAAAAUUGCGUUAGAGGCUGGCAAUCGGGACAUCGGCGUGUUACUGUACGCCCACGAACGCGUGAACAGAGGAACAAGUCCUUAUUCGUCAAUGAGACGAAGCAGAAGAGGAUCCAAACCAACAACGCCUACUGGACCGUCUCCUUCGGCUCCGGUUAGCCCCGCUCCGUCCCGUAGAAUUCAUUCAUCGACCAUUUCACUGAACUCCUCCAAAUAUUCUGCCAAGUAACUCGCAAACGUUGGAAGACAUUCAUUGACACUUAACAAUACCAGCAGUUUAUAGACAACUGGAAUUACAAACGUAUCACAUGACCAAGCAAUAAUAACAAUCGGCGUCCCGUGUUUCCUAUAUUUAUUGCUAACGGUGUUUUAGUCUGUAUCGUCGAUUACAAUACUUUAAGGUUUAACUAUUGCAUAAACGAUCAUAUUCUUGCCUAACGGUUCAUUAGCCCUCAACACAAGCGUUUUUAAUUUAAGGUGACCAAUUAACUGCUCAACUUUGUAUACAAUUAUUCGAGAGAAGUUUGAACGUGUCGUUUUGCAAUGUCAGUCCAUGGAAUGGAUACGCACGGAACUCGUGUAAACUGAAACUUCUUUCUAGGUGCUAUCAGAGUAAUGACCUUUGUUGUUGAUAGAUUUUAAUGAGAAUAUCAAUAGCGUGGAGCUUCGGUGAUGGAACGGACACAUUCAAAAUUUGAUUCUUAACUCUAGAAACUGUGUGUGAAAGUACAAAAAAAAUUUCUUAUAUAGAAAAAGUCACAGUCCGAGAAUCAAGUAACGUCUUCCAACAUCAUCCUGUGGCAUUAAACAUUCCAAAGUGAAUCGUCAACAAUCCGAAUUUCUGAUCGCAGAAAUGUUUUCUUACAUUUUUAUGGCAAAGCAUUCGAGUUUCAGGCCUAAUUUCCGUUAAGUCCUGGGGAUCAAACUGUCGGUAGAAUAAUUGUGUACUAAUAUACAUAGAAAGACAUAAUUACAUGUAACGACUACAUGGUGCACAAAACACGACGUUCGCAACUCAUGUUGAAUUUAUAUACGAGAAAACAUUCUUAGAACUUAUCGAUCGUCGUUCGAUGUUGAAGUAGAAAUGUUUAUAGAUGUGAAAGUAUAAAUAAAUAUUAUAUAUCCGUGGAUCACGAUGUAAAAUAUCGAAGGACAUGCGAGGGAAAAAUAGAACAACUAAGUUUUAAUACUUGUUGAAAUUUGUUCAGGGUACGAGUUUUAUAUAUGUAAUAGAAUCACGGAAAUGUAAUUUCUUUUCAUUCCUCGUUUAUGCGUGUCACCUUCGUUCUAGGAAUUGGUAUGUGUAAAAAGAAUUUUUAACGUUGAACGUUUCUUAUAGGGUUGUGAAUAUCUAGACGUAACGAACGUAUUUAAGUUCAACAUCAAAGAUUUAGGUUAACAUUGUAAUGAGUAUUCCUAUCAUUAAGAAUCUAUAUUAAUGUUAAGUGGCGAAUUAUAUAUGUAUAUAUAUAUACAUAUAUAUAUAUAUAUAUGUAUAUCAAAAAUAGCA